AUGCGCGAUCAAGACGGUGUCUACCAUGUCCAACACGAGGCUAUUUUGAGGGGUAGCUGUGAGUCCAUGGCCCCCUUCACCGAGAUGUCGUUCGAUAUCGAGGUCUUCCCCAGUGAGAACAUCUUCCCCAAACCCGAGGUAUUGGGCAACGUCGUCUUCCAGAUCGGCACCAGCUUCCGCGAUCGCCACGGGACCGAGAACGUCAUGUUCCAUCUGGGCAGCUGCUCCAUGGAGCCCCAGGUGCGCACGGACGACCACUUCACCGUGAUCUGCUACAACACCGAGAAGGAGCUUCUCCAGGCCUUCUUCAAGUACAUCCAGCGCAAGGACCCGGACUUUAUCUACUCCUACAACGGCGACAAGUUCGACUGGUCUUAUGUCGUUACCCGAUGCAUCCAGCACUACGGCAUCCACCCACAGAUCUCGCGCAAGCCCGGCCACAUUGCUUCCGUUCGCGAGGCCAAAUUCUCCAACGCCGCCCUCGGGGACAACGAAUACAAGAUCGUGGACAUCCCCGGUCGCUGCAGCAUCGACGUCCUGGUGGUUGUGCAGCGCGGUAUGGAGCAGUUCUCGGACUACAAACUCGAGACUGUGGCGCAGUCGAUCCUGGGCAAGGGUAAGGACGACAUUGACGUGGGCGACAUGAUCCGCGCAUUCCGCAGCCGAGACCCAAAGCAGCUCCGAACCGUUGCCGAGUACUGUAUGCAGGAUACAUAUCUCGUGCAGGAACUGGUCGACAGGAUGGAUGUCUUGACGCAGCUCACGGAGAUGAGCAACAUCACGUAUGUGCCCAUCACAUACUUGCUCCAGCGAGGCCAGCAGAUCAAGGUCUACAGCCAGAUUGCCCGCAAGGCCAAGAUGAGCGGCUUUGCCGUUCCCACCGUCACGCCCGAUCGCGAUCCCACCGUCAGCUUCACCGGAGCCACGGUCUUGGAGCCUACCGUCGGCGCCUACUACACUCCCGUGGCCGUGCUGGACUUUGCCAGUCUCUACCCGACCAUCAUGAUGGCAUACAACGUAUGCUACACCACCAUCGUUCUUCCCGACGUCGGCGUCCCCAGGGGCAAGACCGUCGAUGAGAUCCGAUGGACCGAGCCUGACGGUACCGAGAAGUCUUACGAGUACGUCCAAGACACCGAGUCUGUCGUCCCCGCCUUGCAGCGCGAGCUCUUUGCCAGCCGCAAGCGAGUCAAGGCCAUGAUCAGGGAGACCAACGACCCCUUGCGCAAGCGUAUCCUCAAGGGUCGUGAGCUAGCCAUCAAGGUCUCGAUGAACUCGAUCUAUGGGUUCACCUCGGCAAACAUGCUCUACAUGCAGUGCCUCUCCGCAUCCGUCACUGCCGUCGGUCGUCGCAUGAUCAACCAGACCAAGCACUUUAUGGAGAACGAGUUUGGCCCUGGCAUUUACUUGAACGACCUGAACCUUAAGGUCAUCGGCGGCGACACCGACUCGGUCUUUAUCCACUUCCCGAACUCGACCAUCGAAGUGGCGAUGCAUCUGGCUAACAUUGCCGCCAACCAGCUGACUACGACGAUCUUCAAUCGCGCCCCGAUCAAGAUGGAGUACGAGAAGGUCUACUGCCCGUACGUCCUCCAGGCCAAGAAGAACUAUGUCGGCCGCAUGUACACCAACGACCCUGACAAACCCGACAAGAUCGACUUCAAGGGUAUUGCCGUCAAGCGCCGCAACUACUGCCCCCUCCUGAAGACUGUCUUUUGGAACAUUAUCCAGGAAGUCAUGGACAAGGAGCGAACCGUCGGUGCCCGCGGUGGAAUCGAGCUGCUCAAGACCACUCUCAAGCGCCUCGAGGACAAUACCGUCCCCCUUGGUGAGCUGGCCAUCACCAACAAGCUGGCCAAGGAAUACAGCGGCAAUGCCAAGAUCCCUCACGUCGAGCUGGCCAAGCGUAUGCAGCAGCGAGAUCCCGGUUCUGCUCCCGUCCCAGGCGAGCGCUUCGCUUACGUCUUUGUCGACCGCCCCGGCACGAAGGACACUCACGAGCGCGCAGAAUCCCUGGACUUUGCAGUGAAACACAAUAUGCGCCCCGACCUCCUCUACUACAUCGAUCAUAUCCGCAAGCCUCUCGACACCUUCUACAAGGUCCUCGGGUUCGAGCGCGAGCUCAACAGCGUUCUAAAGGAAGUCGAGAACCGCAUCAAGAACAGAAACAACAACCAGAUGGGCAUCCACGGUUUCUUCAAACCCAGCGGUCAGCGUGGUGCUUUCAUCACUGGUGUUGAUGCAGUGGCAGUCGCUGCCGAGGCCGCUUCCGUUCCCAUCAAGGCCAAGGCCAAGGCCAAGCCCAAGCCCAAGGCCAAAAAAUAA